CAAGGUGUUUUGAUGGCGGAAAUUAAACUUUGUCCGUACAUCAUCCUGCAUUCGGUUUUCCAAUGACUGAUAACUUGCGAACUAUUAAAUGUGUUGUGGUUGGUGAUGGAGCCGUUGGGAAAACUUGCUUACUUAUAUCAUAUACCACGAACAAAUUUCCAAUGGAUUAUGUUCCAACUGUCUUCGAUAACUAUGCUGUAACUGUUAUGGUUGGAGGAGAGCCGUACACUUUGGGACUUUUUGACACAGCUGGUCAAGAAGAUUAUGACCGUUUGAGGCCUCUUAGUUAUCCUCAAACGGAUGUUUAUCUAAUUUGCUUUUCUGUAGUCAACUCCACCUCUUUCGUGAACGUCGAAGAAAAGUGGGUCCCGGAAAUAAGACAUCACUCGCCCAAGGUGCCAUUCCUUCUUGUUGGAACACAAAUUGAUCUUCGCGAUGAAGGCGCUACAAUAACCCGCUUGCAUAACGACAAAGCGAAAAUGGUCAGUAGUGAUCAGGGUAAAAAACUCGCCGAACGUUUAAAAGCUGUCAAGUAUCAGGAGUGUUCAGCUCUUACCCAGAUCCCAAUAGUUCGGUCUUUAGUGAAGAACUGUGGUUCUCGUCAACGUAAUUACUUGCCGUUACUGAUCUCUGCGUAAUUACUACCGUUUCUAUACGAUAUGGAUUUCACUCUUUUCAUCAUUGUUAGCUGAACAGUCAGCGACUUCAUUAAAAUUAAAAUUUCCGGGUUCCUGAAGGGCUAUUCAUCAAUAGACUUACAGCAUUAAUUUCCGAAUAAAUUUCCUCGUCAUUAAAACAAGUUUUACUCAAACAGUCAUACUAUCAACUAAAAAUAUAUUUAUUUGCCUUUAAUUUACAUACUUGUGUUAUUGAUUUUUUUCAUUUUCCCAAUUGCUACAAACAUCAAAUAUAUUCUUUCUUUGUACAGAAAGGUUUGAAAGAUGUGUUCGACGAAGCUAUCCUUGCUGCCCUGCGACCUCCAACAGACCGUAAGAACAAACGCUGUUGUGUACUGUGAAAACUGAGUUCUUUUGCCAAUCCGUCCUUUAAUUAUUGAUUUAACUUGUUAUAGAAAAAUCAGCAAAAUUGUUGGCCGGAUUCCUUACAAACCUUACUAUUAUCUCCAUAUUAUUCUUAUCAUCAUUAAUUUUUAUUGAUACUAUUGCUAAUACCACUCACAGACUCAAUUAUGUGUUCAACAAGAAUGUGAGUACUUUGACAAAUGUGGCCUUGUUCCUUUAUUUUCUCCCCUUUCUUUUAUCUUCACAGAACGGUGAUCUUGCUGUUAAUUUUAAAAAUUCUACUGUUAAUGCUAUUUGUUAAAUAACUCAAUGCACCUUCAGCGAAUUUCUUUUCCUAUCGUUUGGUUGGCUCAUUAUUUGUUUCUAAGUAGUGUUUAAUAGUCAGUAAUGACAUUAUAUAAAUUCAUACGGGAAAUAAUGUUCCACUAUCUUUGUUAGCUUAUUGUCGUCACAUUAUCAACUGUUGCAUGGUGUGUGUCUAGAAAAAGACGUGCUUAUGGAGAUAAAUCAGUUUGUUUAAUCAAAACUUAAAAGAUGGGAAGCCCCACAGGAUAAGGACAACAUUAGUUCACCAUUCGGAGUGUACUAUUCUUACAUUUGC